AUGGAACGCCGAAUGGACGGAAGCAUGCUCUCUCUGCGCCUCAAGCACGGGGUGCACACCAUCUUCCUCUUCGUCGACGCUCUCGAGCCCUUUUCCAGCCUCGAUGCCCAGCUCCUCGAAGUUCUCCGCGAGCGCUACGCCGACGGCUACCUCACAACCUCGCAGGGCUCCACGCCGAUACCCUCGGGCGACGCCACGGUCUACUAUGCGCGGCUCAAGAACUCGGUCGACCCGAGCGAGGGGUGGAAGAGGCUCGACGUGCUAGGCAAGGAUACGCCGAGCAAGAAGGGCAUCGCGGACAACAGCGUCCUCGCGUUUGCCAUCUACGAGGAGGGACAGGAGCCGGAUGAAGUGGAGUUUCUGGUGGAUUGGCCGAGUCUGGACGAUUACGAAGAGGAGGAUGCGGAGGGCAAUGGUUACGAGUCAUAG